AAUCAGCUGUUUAUCAGUGUAAUGGGAAUGGCAGUGUUCAUGGUUAACAUCUGUAAAUUUAAUGGCUGUGGACUUACUUUUCAAAGUUUAAGCGAUUUAAUAUGGCAUAUUGAAGAUAACCACAUUGAUUACGACCCCCUAGUUAUAGAACAAAAAGAGCAACAGCAGCCGCAGUGCAUGCCCCUCAGCUAUAUCCUUCCCUUCUUUACUGAUGCAGCUCGGAAGGAUCACAAAGACGUGAAGCCAAAAAUAAACAAGCCUGUGGUCAAACCUGCCCCCCCACCACCAGUUCAAGUGCAGUCAUCCACACAGUCUGUAACACCAACUGGUAGUGAGGCUGAUGAUGAUGAGCUCAUGAGUGAACUGGAAGAUAGUAAUGACUCUUGGACAACUCCUGAAGAAUUCAGUUCAGAGUUUAUUCUUAGAUAUGGCAGCAAGAUGAUGACUCCCAGUUCACCAGGCCCAAAUGGUAUAAACUUAGAAAAGCCGUUUGCUUGCCCGGUACCUGGCUGUAAAAAGCGGUACAAAAACGUAAAUGGAAUCAAAUACCAUUCGAAAAAUGGACACAAACACGAUGGGAGGGUGAGGAAGGGCUUCAAGUGUCACUGUGGUAAGAGUUACAAAACCUCUUCUGGGUUGAAAAACCACACAGCAGUAGUCCACAGUGGUGCCAACAUGACAACGAUCACAACACAGACAGGCGAGGUACUGCAGAUUCCUAGCAGUCAGGUGACGACGAUACAGCCUGUUCGAGCACUCACCUUGAAACACAUUGCCAGCCUUGGUCUCCCAGUGAAGACCCUAGUUGUGGCAACCAAGCCUUUGGAGAAAUCUCCAAGAGCUAUUUCUCCCCCUCCCCCUCCCUCACUCGGUGUCCUUACCCCAGCAACCUCACCACAUUCUCCUCUCCCCUCCCCUUCUAGUUCUUCCCCGUCCAGUGUAGGUGAUCCUAGCAUAAAUAUGUAAAUAGCUAGUCUUAUUUGUACUUACGAUUUUCUCAUCUGAGUUAACAGUGGCCAAGACCUCAUAAAUUGUAGAUUUUGUUAAAGUUAUAUUUAAUAAUACGAAUGAAUAAUUAAGUUGAAAUCAUUAAUUUAUGAAACAUUAAAGCAUUGAGAUUUUUUUCCCUUUUUUGUGAAAGGAAACUAUCCAUUAUGUCCAGAUAUGUUCAGAACAUUGGUUAAAUUUGGAAUGAAAUUUAAGAAUGCUCCCAUGUGUGUUCUUAUAACUGUGUUUUUGCUUCCCAAAAAUCGUCUCUGGGUUCAUAGAUAAUGUAUCUGACUGUGUCAGGGAUGGUAGGUAUUUUUCCUUUUUGGAGUGUAACUUUUAUUUUAAAUUUAUAUUAUUGCAUCAUUGAUCAAUUAUUUUACAUUACUUUUGUUGAUCCAAGACACACUUACAAGAAUUCAUAUUAGUUUUGUUUUAUUAUACUUAUUGUAUAAUGGGUUAUUUUAUUAAAUUUUUUUAAGUUUUAUAUGAAUAAAAAUGAAGUAAAACAUGGAUUUAAGAUUAUAUUUAUUAUUGUUUUAAAAACCUGGUUAUUUUUUGAGGAAAUUGGUCACUUUAUCACUUUUUUGCCUUUAGGCUGUUACCAUCCCCUGUAUUUCUCAAAGACAUUUGAUGGCAGUAGUUUCUUUUUCUCCAACCAGAGAGGAUUUUGAUUCUAAUCAUUUAUGGUUCGUGCUUUUAGUUGAGCGAAGUGCACGCAAGCAAUUAGCUCCUAAAUAUACGCUUAGUCGCUCUUAGCUAGACGGUAUGAUUAGUCGUUUUGUAAAUUUAGUAUAUAGUCAAUAUGGCUGAAAGGUCACUCAAAGUAGUGUAGACUUAUUUAUUUUAUGUACAUUACUAAAUGUAGUAUCAGAUUUAUUUUGUCAUGUUUUUGGCUCGGUUUUCAACUAUUAGAAAACAGUGAACUGUUUCCUUUUCUGGGAGUUUUAUUUUAGUUUAGUUUUAAUAUAAUGGGCUGUUUCUGGAAACUUCCAAAAGAUCUUUACAAAUAUUACAGGCUUCUAGCUAGAAUAUAAUUGAUUUGGCCAUAUUUAAAACAUAUAUAUAUAUAUAUAUAUAUAUACACACUCUCACACACACACACACACAUAUAUAUAUAAAGUUAAGUGACAAAAUUAAGCAUUAAAGUUCCAGUUAUUUUUAAGAUCACAUUCCAUAAUACAUUCCUCAUGAUAACUAUGCAUUGUUUGGCAAAGAUAUACCAAAAAUUCUGAUUUUGGUCAGGUUUUAUUUUUGACAAAGCAGUUAAAGUGAGUUGCUUUUCUACUGAACAAGCUUUUUCAAGUAUUGACAAAAUUUAUUCAAAUUAUAUACCAGCACAAGCACCACUAAUUUACUUUUGAUUCACAAAUAAUUAAAAAUAUAGGCAUGUUGAAAACUGGGCUAAAUACAUGGUUAUAGUCACAUUAGUCAUUUGUAUGUUCAGUGUUAGUCUAGUCAAUAUCGAGUUACGAUAUUAUAAUUCUAAAACAGACAUGGCCGUAUAAGAACUGUUUAAUGUUAUAUGUUAUAAAAGACCCAGGAACGAAGUACGGCUGUCUGUUCCUGUCAUUGCCUAUGUUCUAGUCCUUAAAUAAAAACUUCCUAUAGGCCUAAUUUUGAGUGUGUGGUUUUUUCAUAAGCCUUAAUUUACUUAUAUCGCAAGAUUAAGAUCAUUGUCUAUUUUAGACAAUUUUUCCUUCCAAUAUAUACAGCCAACUGUUUAAUUUAAGUGCUAUGGUUAAUUUUCAUUAAUUAACUGGUUAAAAUAAACAAUUCACUAUAGUUAAGUUGUUGUAAAUUGAUUCACCAGGAAAGAUAUUCAAGAAUUUAUUCUUGUUUGAAGACAACAUAACAUAUAAAGAAUUUAAAAAUAAAUAUUUUGUAAUAUUAAAAAAAGGCUAUGUUGGUUGGAUGGAAAAGUUAGGCAAGGAAUCUACAGUGAUAGCUUGUAAAUCAGUCGCUGAUUGAAUGUGUCUUAAAAAAAAAUUAAUAACAUGCCAUCAAAUAAUUUAAUGAUUGUAUUAUAAAACCAUAUGAGACCGUUAUAUGUUAUCACUUAAUGUGAAUUUACUAUUUUUAUAUUAACAUCACCGUUUGUAAAAUAGUUGUCUAGUGGGUACAGUGGUAUAUCACUUAGAUAAUCAAUGUCAAAUAAAACGUAUGGCUUCCUUUUUAAGAGGUUACUGCUGAGCGAUCCUGUCCUUACAAGCAGUCACUUACCUGGUCAUUUCUGGCAGUUUGGAAGUAACCUUUAAGUUUUUAGUUAUUUGUUUAUUAAUGUGAUGGUGAUUGGCCUAUAUUAUAGAAGCUUUUAGCCUUAACUUGGCUUGCAAAGUAGGUCAAAAACAAGCAUAUUGUCUCAUCUGUGCUCAAUUUUUACUUCUGUUUUUUUAAACAUCUGUCCCACAAGCUUCAAAAUAUGCAAUACUGUUGCUUUAUAUUUAUGCCAUUUGCAAUUUUUUAAUUGUUUGGAUUACUGACUUAUUAAACUCUGACUAUUGUAUAAUACAUACUUAUCGCUUCAAAAAAUGUUAGUUGAGCCAUUUGAAAUUUCACUGAACCAGUAAACUCAUAAUACAAGCUAUCACUGGUAGAUUGAAAUAUAAUAAAACUACCAUAUUAAUGGUGAUAUAUGCUUGGACAUAAAUAUGUCUCAAUACUUGUAAGACAAAUCUCUGGGCCAAGUAGUACAGGUCAAGCAAGAUAUAAGAUAUUUUUUCCAUGAUUGUUGUAAACUUAUGUGUUAUAAAAGAAAAUGUACUGCCAGUCUAAGCUAGAGCAUCCUAAUGUUUAGGGGAGUAAGGUUACACAGUGCAAGUUUGAGGGAAGGGGAAAUUAUAAAAAAUAAUGAAUCCAUUAAAAAGAGAUCAAAAUUAAGAGAAAAAAAAGGAUAUUGCCAAUUAGUUAACUAAUCCAAGCAAGUACGUGGCAAGUCAUCAAGUAAAGUUUUAGCUUUCAGUAUCUAUUCCUCCUUAAGCAAUAAAGCCUCAGUCAGAGCUUAAAAUCCCCAAGUCUGGACGAAGUACCACUGUAAAUUGUGCUAUAGUAAACUCAUACCUACCUGGCAAGUCAUCAAGUAAAGUUUUAGCUUUCAAAAAUAUUCUUCCUCACACAGUAAAGCCUCAGAGCUUAAAAAUCCCCCAACUCUGGAUCAGGUACCACUAUAAAUGAAAAAGUGGAUAAAAAACUACUGCAGAUCCCUAAAUCUAGUGAUUUUUAAUGGAUAGCGGAUGGGAAAAAACAAAAAAAUUUAAUUUUCCUGAACUUUGGGCGGCUCUAGCUGAGAAGGUAUUAUUUGUGGACACAUAUUUAAAGAAGAAUGUCUUUUUUUUGAGAAAUUGACCUAGAAAAUUGUAACAUGUAAUCUAGAUAGCCCUAUAUAGAAUAUUUAUGUUGGUGUUAGUGGGCAUACAAGUGAUUUUAAAAUUAUUAAUUGAAACAUAUUUCAAUACUCAUUUUAUUUAACAUUCAAUAUUAUUCCUUUACUACUUCAAACAUAAACACAAUUGAUUUAAGUUUGUUAAACUCAUGCAGCUUUAAGUGUUUCGUUUUGCAUUAACUUUCUUAGUUGUUAAAAGUUUAAAAUUAAUUUUAUCUGUAUUGAAUUCACAUUUAGGAUUUACCAAUGUAGCAUUUUACUUUAAUUAUAAUAUCUUGUUUUUAUUUAGUGAAGUGAGGUGUACAUCAGUUAUUAGUUUGAUGUUAAAGAAAUGUUCUUUAAUAGUUUAAACAUAAUAUUAAUUAUGGUAAGAGAUACAGUUCACAUGAGUUUUAAUUAGUUGCAAAUGUCAUUGUUAAUAAAAAUUUAUUUUCCUGGAAGAGAACACUCAAUUUAGAGCAUACACGUAUUGUUCAAGAGUUGUGUUCAAUGUUCGUAUACAAACUCCAUGUAUUUAAGUGUAAAUAGCUAGAAAAAUGUAGACAACAUUAAGUUGAGCUCUUGUUACUGCUUCAACUCGCUCCUGCGAAGUGUAAAAAUAUUGCUGUUGAUUAUUUGAUAUUAUUACAUUUUUGUUGGUAAUUUCUCUCAGUGCCUUUUUUGGUAUAAAAUCUAUCAUUUUCAAGGUGCUACGACCAUAAAAUUUCACACCCUUUUCUUUUAUUUUGUGCUUUAUAUGUAUCUGAUACUACCAUAUGUCUCCAUAAAAAUGUUUAUCCUGGUAGUUUUGUGUUAGUUACUUCAGUUAAUAAAUGAGUCUAAUAGUGAAAGUCAUUAAUUCAUGCUUUUUCUGUAACUCUUUGUGGCAAUGUGAUGCACAUCGUUCAUAUCCUUAGGACAUUUUUUCUCUUCUUGUUUUAUACAUCCGUUAGUAUGAUGUUUGUCUUCUGCCCUCAUACAUAAUGUUGUAGUACCCUACACGUCCACAGAUAACGUGCUAUGUAGUAUUGUUGCUUAAAUCAUUGAGUGAUUCCCAUAUUUUUCUAAACCCAAAUUUCAGAUCUAAACAUGAGACAACUAUCCACACUUGCAACAUAUUUAUAGUGAUUUAGCAGUUCUCCCUUACCUGGAAUACAUCUUUAUUUACAAUAAAAUAGUGAUCAGAGUUCAACAAUCUUUUAAGUGAACCCCUCUUAGGCUCUCCAGAUGAGUAUAAUAUCGAUUAUGAACUUUUGAAAUUUCCAAAAAUGCCUGUUGUUUGGAGUAUGUUAAUCUCCAUCCGAAUUCUACUAAAAUUUUAUGCAAUUAAAACCAUUCUAAUAGUUAUGUAAAAACUUCAAUUGGUAUCUGUUAUAUACAUACAUGGAACAGUUGUUUUGUUUUUCCUACAGGCCUAACAGGUUGAAUUGCUUUGAAUCCAGAUUUUAAUUUUUUGUCAAACAACAGUUUAUAGACUGUCUUGUAAGAUGACAGCCAUUCAUUUUGAGAUUUUCGUUUUUUUUUUUACUUUUUAGAUUAUUUCUCGGUUAUGAUUAAAAGAAAAGUCAAAUGUGUGACAAUAUGUGCUACUUUCUCUCUGUAAAUUACCUUGUGUCCCAUAAUUUUUGAAUUUUCAUCCUGUUUAGGUCUGUGGGUAUUUUGUGAUUUUUGAGAGAAGGAAGACAUUUUCAAAUUAUUUAUAUCAUAUGGUUACAUUUAGAUCAUUGAAAAUGAAAUUUGUAACAAUGUGUGAUAACCUUUACCCUUUAAACACUUUAUGUCCUUUAAUCUUUUCAUGUACUAAUGUUGAGAUUACAAGUAAUUAGUUAUAGGAAGUAGCACAUAGUUCUGUUAAUUUGGAUUUUAAUUGGGUUUGGGAGGACCCUGUAGGCCCAGUCCUUCAAUCCUAUUUUGUCAACAGAAGAGUGUAGUAAUCCUUCAUUCUCUUCCAGUCCUUUUUUGACAGUCCAAAUUCCUCUUUCUUCAUCUGGCAAAGAACAAAUUUGCAUCCUUCAGUAAAGGAACUUGUUAAUUCUGAUAAGAGCUUUAGUAGACCUAAGAUGAUCCUUAUAAUCUCGCACAGUCACACCCGCUCACAUCGUGUACAAGCUCCAGCGAAGGAUCCUUUGCUCUCAGCUAGGAUCUCAUUUCAUUACCACAAGUAACAGCUAGAAUAUUCUUCUACAAGUAGGUUGCCAAGAUCUGUUGUAGUGAAAGAUGUCUUCCUCUCUUCACAUCUUCCAUUAACCUGAAAUCUCAAAAUUCCGCUCUGAGAAACUUACCUUAGGUCUCUGGAUCAAUGACCAUUUUGUAGCUAGUCAUUUAUUCAUGGAAAGAAGGUCUACUGUUGUUUCUCCUUCUUGUUCACCUACUACUCUUGGACAACACCCUAACCUUUUCUUGGUCUGUUGGCCAUAGAAUUCUGUACCUCAUGUUGAAACACGUUUGAGAGGCCCCUCUUGGAUACAAUAUUAUCCUUCUCAUUAGCCAACCUUCUCAGAUCCGUUUCCCUUAUCCUUACCCUCCUAUGCGGCUUCAAUCCUGUAGACUUCCUUUGCUGUUUGUUAUAGGUCCAAGUGUCUCAGCUUCAUUCAACCUGCUAAGAAUAUUUUUCCUCAUCCUUGAUCUCAACAGCUUCUCACUCGAACCCAGUAUAACCCCAAUAUAAAUGUCCAGGAUGUAUUCACCAUCUCUCCAUCUGACAUAUUUCUGGAGGGAACAGGCCCUGUAUAUAGGAUUUGCCACCCUGUGUAACAAUUCCAAAUUGAUUUCAAGUGAAAACUAAAGAUAUGGAAGACUGCUUCCUGAGACAGGAAACCUCAGAGGUAGAGCCUCUCUUUUUCCAUCUUCACUACACCCUCAAACAACAGCUCUAAAUACAUCAUUUCUGUGUCUAUCAUAUAUUGAACAUUUCUUGGAUAAAAAGUUGUACCAUAACAUGACUCAUUCACUCUGUUUCCUGAACUCUAAUUUACUGUUUGCUGAAGAACUUUCGAAGUUAGACUUCUCAUCGUCUCUGGCAUAUUAUUGAGGUAGGUUUGAAUAUACCUACUCCAGGAAUUCUUUCUCGUUUGUAAAUCUAGCCUGUUACAUAAUUGUGAUUUUUGGAACUUGGAUUUAUUUGUAAAUUUUGUAUCUAUUUUAUUUUUAUAACCAAGACUUACAUUGAAUUAUUUAGAUUCUCAAAACUCAAUAUUUUUGUUAUAAGUGGUUUAGGUUGUACUAUUUAAAUAAAGAAUUUUUCUCAAUAGUUUUAAAGUUUGGUCUCGUAAAACUAAAUUAAUUGAACUAUGUGUUAAUACUCCCCUCAUUACUGCUUUGAAUACUCAACAAAGUUUUAUUAAGAUAAGGCGAGCUAUUUAUUUCCCAUUUUUAUACAUAUUGUCCAUUAGUAAGUGUACUUUAAUAAUAAUAAAAUUAUUAUUAUGUAACAUAAAACUAAUAAAUUAGGAAUCCAGGAAAUCUACGUCAUGCCUCAGAUUUCAGUUAUUCAAUCAUUCUGUAACAUUCACUACAAAAAUUGGUGUGAUUGUUUAAAACUUUUAAAUUUUAAAAUAAAAAGCAUGGUUAAUACAUAUUUGUUUAACUUGUUAAGAAAAAAGUUAUAAAAUACUCCUUUCAUUGUCAAUAUUAUAAAGAUUGUUUUUUACAUCUAGUGGGACCUAUUCCCACUUACAGAGUUGUAACUUGUAGAGUUAACUGGGUAAAGACAAAGUUGCAAAGCUGUAUCACUUUCAUUACAGAAGUGGCUAUUAUUUGUAAAUCAAUCUUGAUGUAUAUGUUUCAAAAAUAUACAAACUUGGCAGUCAAUAUUUGUGCUAAUGUGAGUAAUUACUUACAAUGUAUCAUGGGUGGUUUUUGUGUGUUUAAUUAUUUAUGCUCUCUUUUGUGUUAUACAUAUACUAUUAAAAUUUUGUAAGUUUGUGCUACCUCAUGUAAUUAAACCAUAGUUAUAACGUUUUGAAAACCAAAAAGAAUAUUCUGUGUUUAUAAUGACUAAAGAAACACAGUUAAAUAUUAUUUUAAUAAAAAAGCAGAUUGGAUCUGUUUGCUUUUCCAACUAAUCACUGUGGAAAGAAAAGUCUUUGUUUUGAGUCUAAAAAAGACCAAGAAACUUGGUGAAAGAAUAUGCUGAAAUAUUGUUGCCCAUAAUAGGCAAAUCUAUCUUAUUAAAAUUAACCAACAUCCAUCAAUUGUAAGGAGCCAGUUAUUCUGUUCAGAGAUGUCAGAACGUAAAGUUUGAAAAGUCCUCCUCAUGACCACAUCUGAUCUCCGUAUCAGUGUAAAUCACAUUUUAUUGUAUUUACAGUUGAACCUUGAUAACUUAACCCUCAUUGACUCAAUACAAAAUCCUUGAUGAGUAGCGUUCUUUUCAAGUUCUUAUAAGUCCGCUAUUAAUUUUCACCUCUAAAACUAAAGUGUUGUGUUAUAAUUACUUGAUAAAAAAUUACUUGAUAGAAGUCAAAAUUCUAUUAUCUGGAACAGUGCAGUAACUGUGAAGUUCCAAUCCAUUCACCUAAGACUUGAAGUAUAUGUUGAGACAACUCAAUAAUUGAAGUGCAGCAACUGCACUAGUGAAAAGGCCAACAAUUGCCUUGUGCCUUGCAGAAGUGUCAUGUAUUCUUCACCACUUGUUUACUGCAGCGUUCUGUACCACACUUUGUGAUUUGCUAUUGAACGCGUUUGUGAAUGUGAUGCAUUACCUAGCAUGUUCGAGUCCAGUAACCUGUAGACCCUCUAUAAUUCAAAGUUGGUGGUUUUGACCCUCGGAAACUCAAAUGUUUUCCCUGUUCCUUCAGGUUCAGGUUAUCAAGGUUUGGUUUAUAGUUGUGGUGGUUGAUGUGUGGAGUUGGCUCCCAACGUCAUAGGUUCAGACUGCAGUGUCAAAUAUACCAUCACCUGUUGGUGGGCCUACUAUUUAUUUGAAAGACAAAGUCAAUUGUCCCUUGUACCUAAAUAAAUAUGGGUGCAGGUCUGAAAUAAAACUAAAUAUGGGUGCAGCUCUGAAGUAAAACUAACACCUUACAUCAAGGAUCUCAACCCAAAUCACAAUUACAAUAAAACCAGCAUGUUCCUUCUCUAUAAUUUCACACUAGGAAAAUAAGCCACAAAAGUAUAGGAGAAAUGGCUACAUCGUUUUUAUUUAUAUCCAAAUAUACAAGAUAUACUCGUAUAAAUAAAUCUUGGUGUUAGUAGUUUAAAAUAAACUUCUCUACAAUCAAUUGAAUGUUUAAGUUAAACUUUUAAGGACAGUAAGUUUUAAGGAGACAUAGCAGGGACCAGGAGUUAAAUUACUAAUUAGAGCUUUAAUCCUCAAACUGGCGACUAUAUUUUCUGUGUGCAACAGGAUGUGUGCUGUAAAAAGUAAGUAAUUCCUAAAGAUUUGCAUAAAUAUCAGAACCUGACUUUAAGUACCGGUACGGUAGUGACAAUGACACACAUACACACACACCCACACGGCAGUUCGAGGGUUAUAUAAUGUGCAUAAAUACUCUUUACGUGCAAUAAAAAUGUAAAAUACGUAUUAAUUUAAAUCUUCAUUAUUAUGCAGAAGUAAUGCAUAUUUCUUUAUUUCAGGUUGGAAAAUUCCAACAAUAAAGUUGCUCAUUGUGUUCUUUUAUAGAUAAACUUCCACUGUCAUUAAAGUUGCAUCAUCAAUAUUGUUUUUUGAAUCUGUGCAUACAACUCGGUACUAAGAUGAUGGUACAGUUUAUUGCUAACUAUCUUAUAAUUAAAAUGUAAAGUGUAUAUAAACUAAUGUGAAUAUUGUUAUGGUAGUUCUGUGAUAGAAAUACAAUGAAAUCCUUGCAGCAAUAAUAUAAUUUGUAUGAUUUUCAUUUAUUUUGUUCCUUUAUUUUUAUAUAAUCAUUAAUAUAGAAAAAUAAUUAUAAAUACAUUGUAAACUCGAUCAUUUUAAUUUAGAUUUGUUAUAUUAUUGAUUUGUUAAUUAUGCUAUUACAAAAUGAUAUAAGUAUAUUAGAAUCGAGUUCAUUAAAAUAAUUGUAUUUAUACAAAGGUUUCUCUAAGCAUUUGAUUUCAUAGUUUAGAGAAAUACAUUAUAACUUGAUAAUUUAGUAAUGGUACAUUCACAAUGGAAAGUUAUAUUUUAGUUAAUAGGUUUCAUAGUAUUACAUUAAAUUUCAGAGAAUACCCAUGUGUAUAGCUUGUAAAAAAUAGAAGCCAAUAUAUUUUAAAAAGUAUACUGAUUUGUUGAGAAAAAUGCUAGAGAUGGAGUAUAUAAUAGUUACAAUUUUGUGAUAUUUAGUAUGAUUUAUUUAAAUUUACAUAAUUGACUGUAUGUUUAUUUUGUAUGCCUAAGAGUUGAUAUAACAAUUGGUUUGUUGAUUGUUUUUUUCAAAAAAUAUUUAAAAUUAAUGGUAUGGUCCGAUUUUAAGGCCUUAUGAAUUUUUAAAAUGUCCAUACUUAAACAGUUAACAUUUGUAGAGUGCUUUGAAAUAGUAAUAAUUGCUAAAAUUACUGUUUCUUAAGUGUUAGUUUUAAAAUACACCAAUAAGUUCUGUAUGAUAGAUUUGAUAGAAAACACAGACAUCAAAUUCACUUACGAUUUUAUAUUGAUUCAAUACAAUCAUUUCAUUUAUGUUGCUGGUAGUACUCAUAUUCUAUAAGAGCGUGAAUACAUUUCCCAUAGAAUACCAGUUUAUCAUAGAAUAUUUUAAUCACUUAUAUGAACAUCAUAUUUAAGAAUGUUAGUAUCUCACUAAAAUUUAAAUCCACUAUAUGUUGUAUAUUUUAAACUAAAGGUAAAAACAUAUUUUGAGAAAUCUUAUUGACUUUUAGUUUAAAUACAGUUCUGAAUAGCUGUAUUUAACAAAAUUAAAAAGCAACAAGCAAUGAUCUUUUUUUAUGUUUUGAUCAAUAUUUUAGUACGACAUUUAAAGAGUUUAAAAAAUUAAGACAGUCGUAUUUUUCAUGCCAGUGACUUAGAUAGGUUGCAAGAGUUGUUAAUUUUAUUGUUGACCUCUAUAUUUAGUUGCUUAUGUAUCAGUGUACAUUUAGUUAUGAUUCUGAAGUGUUGAGACACAAUUCUCCAAUCAGGAUACUCCAAAUCAAGAGACCCAUUGUCCGUCAAUGUGAUUGCAAGUAAAACCAAAUGGAAUAACCGACUGAUUAAUUUGGUGCACUUGAAAUGUUAGUCAUGUGAUAGAAUGUGUAUAUCUACUUGUUGCAAACAAUAAACAGUUUGUUAACAGUU